AUGGAAGAGCAGGUAGCAAAUGCAAUUGAAAUCGCCUCGAAUCCGUCCGCAGACCCAGCCCUUAAGACGCAAGCCUUCGAUUUCGUGAAUCAGCUUCGCUCCGACCCGUCGGGAUGGCAGGUCUGCCUUUCACUGUUCACACAAACUCCCCAGCGCUCGGGUAUCGUGAGGCAUGUGGCUCUGGAAGUGGUCAAUAGCGCUGCACAGGGCGGUUUGAUAGACUUGCAGGCCCUAGCGUAUGUCAAGGAUGGCUUGUUGGCGUAUCUCCGGCAGGUCUAUGGACAGGACGCAGGAGCAUCCGACCCGCCGAACAUCCAGAACAAAAUCGCUCAAACCAUCACCUUUCUCUUCUCUGCACUCUACGCCAGCGGGUGGGAAUCAUUCUUCGAUGAUCUCCUCGGCUUGACCCAGAAAAGCCCCUCGAGCACGACGCGCGACAACGCAUCCGGAAUUAUCUUCUACCUUCGGGUUAUUAACUCGAUCCACGACGAGAUUGGCGAUGUUUUGGUCUCGCGGUCCCGCAAUGAACAGGACAAGGCGAAUGCGCUCAAGGACCUCAUUCGGCAGAGGGAUAUGCAGAAGAUCACCAGCUCAUGGCAACAGAUUUUGUCGGAAUGGCGGGACGGCAACGAUGUUAUUGUGGAGAUGUGCUUGAAGGCUGUCGGCAGCUGGGUCAGCUGGAUUGAUAUCGGUCUUGUGGUGAACCAGACAAUGCUUGAUCUUUUGUUCCAGCAGCUGGGCCGGGCGCAGAAAGAGGAUUUGAGACAAGGAGAAGAGAAGGUGCGGGAUGCGGCGGUCGAUGUCUUCACGGAGAUCAUCGGCAAGAAGAUGAAACCGGAGGACAAGAUCGACAUGAUUAUCUUCUUGAAUCUCGAUACUAUUGUUUCUCAACUCUCGAAUAGCCCCCCUCUGCACGGAAAUAGGUUCACCUUCAAAUAUGACACGGAUCUGGCGGAAACCGUCGCCAAGUUAGUCAAUAUCACCGUCAUUGAUAUUGUACGGGCAUUGGAACAGGAAGGUGUGUCGACCGAGUGCAAGGAGAAAGCCAAUGGGCUGCUUCAGGCUUUCCUGCCACAUAUCCUGAGAUAUUUCUCCGAUGAAUAUGAUGAAGUCUGCUCAACCGUCAUUCCGUGCGUUAGCGACCUCUUGACCUAUCUAAGAAGAAUCGCCAAAGUCAACCCUGCCCUUGCUUCUCAGCAUUCUUCGAUCCUCCUUCCGAUCCUAAAGGCUAUCAUUGCCAAGAUGCGAUACGACGAGACCUCCUCAUGGGGCGAGGAAGAUGAGCAGACGGACGAGGCAGAAUUCCAAGAACUUCGCAAGAGACUUGGUAUCCUCCAGCAAAUGAUUGCUUCGAUCAAUGAACAGCUGUACAUGGAAGUUGUGUCGGAGAUGGUAGCAACUACUUUUGAGAACCUGCGGCAGUCGGGCUCCCAAAUGGACUGGCGUGACCUAGAUCUUGCCUUGCAUGAAAUGUUCUUGUUUGGAGAUCUCGCCGUCAAGGCCGGAAGUCUCUACACCAAGGGUAACCCCAACAACCAGGCUGCCGAAAGGCUCAUCGAAAUGAUGCUGAGGAUGGUCGAGUCCGGUGUGUUGGAGAACUUCCUUCAACUGGUUCACCACCCCAUCAAGAAGGUGAAGACUCGUUCUUGGUACCUUUUCCAGCGAUUGGUCAAGCAACUCAGACAGUACGUUGGCAACGUCGCGCAAACCGUUGUGGAAGCUCUGGGCGACCUUCUCGUAAUUCGCGCCGAACUGCCUUCGGAGGUAUCUGAAGGUGAUGAGAUGUCCUCGGAGGACCACGAAUUAGCCGACGCCAUCUUCAAUAGCCAGCUGUAUCUUUUCGAAGCCGUCGGUAUCAUCUGUUCGACUCCCACCAUCUCACCGGAUAAACAGGUCCUCUAUGUGCAGGCGGUGCUCAAUCCUAUAUUCCUCGACAUGGAAAAGAAUCUUGAGGCGGCGAAAUCACAGGAUGAACGAGCCAUUCUGCAGAUUCAUCAUGAUAUCAUGGCGCUGGGAACCCUUGCCCGCGGAUUUUCAGACUGGAUGCCUGGAACGAACACGCCCGCUACCCUACCUGCACCCGAAGUCUCAGCAGCGUUCAAUCAGGUGGCAGAAGCUACGCUGGUGGCCUUGGAGUCCCUUAAGUCCUCAUUCAAUGUUCGGACAGCGGCCCGAUUUGCGUUCUCGAGGCUCAUCGGUGUCCUCGGUUCUCGAAUUCUGCCACAGUUGCCAAGGUGGAUUGACGGCCUUCUUACUCAGACUUCUUCGCGCGAUGAGAUGGCCCUGUUCCUACGUCUCCUAGACCAGGUUAUUUUCGGAUUCAAGGGCGAAAUCUUUUCCAUCCUUGACACACUACUCACCCCCUUCCUGCAACGAGUGUUCUCCGGAAUCGCCGAUCCCACAACGGGCACGGAUGAUGAGAUUCAACUGGCCGAGCUGAAACGGGAAUACCUGAACUUCUUGCUGGCCGUUCUGAACAAUGACUUGGGUGCUGUCAUCAUCAGUGAACGAAAUCAACCCAUUUUUGAGACUGUCAUCUCCACGAUUGAGCAUUUCUCCAAAGAUAUCGAUGACUUUACCACAGCGAAGAUGGCUUUCUCUGUUCUUUCGAAGAUGAGCAGCUCGUGGGGCGGUCCGGAUGUGAUCGCGGAAGCUUCCAACGGGACCCCUCCAUCGCAGGCUCCGCUGCCUGGUUUUGGCCAGUUCAUGAUUACAAGAUUCUCGCCGUUAUGCUGGGCGCUGCCGUCCACACCUUCUUUCAACUCCAAGGAUGCGCAGGCCAAGCAGGUUCUUGCCGAAGCGGGCGGGUUACAGCGUACGAUAUAUGCCAAAACCGGCAUGGAGUACCUGACGUAUCUCCGUGACCGUGAACUGCCCGGCAUGGGUAUGGGUGGAGAAUUGAUUGAAGAGUUUGUGGGUGCUUUGAGCCGGCUGGACUUGAAGGGGUUCCGGCAAUUCUUUCCGGUAUGUCUUUCCAACUUCCAUAUUCUCUCAAUCUGA